GAAAACCAAAGGAGUUUCUCUUUGAGAGAUAAUCCGAAAGGGGAGAAAACUGUGAUUUUCUUCCCAACCCAUCUCUCUCUAAACCUUCUUUUCUCUCAAUCUGCAAAAACAAAACCUCAAUUCCAAAUUCAGGAACAGAGAGAGACCAGGCGUCUCUCUUUGUUCCUUUCGGGAAAAAAAUGGCUGAAGUGAGGGGCUAUAAGAAGAUAUUAUCCAUCGAUCUUUCCGUUUUUGCCCCCACUGAUAACAUUAACUCACCUAAAUCCACCAAAUCUCCUAACAAGUUUGAAGACCCAAAUGGUGUUGUUGGCCUUGGAAUUGUGGCCGCCAUGUCCAAUAAUCCUCAGAAUUGUAAUAAACCUCCAAUUCUUAUUUCCCCAAGAUCAACUUCGAACCCAAUACUAAUUGUGAGUAAUAAUUGUAAUACUAAGAUAAAGAAACAACCUACCAUUGAGGAAAUGGAGAUGUGUGAAGAGUAUACUCGUGUGAUUUCUCAUGUGGGUACCAAUUUGUUUAAGAAAAUGGAAUAUUUUGAUGACCAAUUCCUAGGAAAUGGGUAUCAUAAAACUGCUACUGCUGCUGCCAAUGCUCCUCCUGAAGCUUUUAGGUCCGCAGAUUUCCUCAAUACUUGUUCUUUAUGCCAUAAGCAGCUUCAGGGGUUGGACAUUUUCAUUUACAGAGGAGAGAAGGCAUUUUGUAGCUCAGAGUGCCGUUUGAAGCAAAUCUCAAUCGAUGAACAUAAAGACAAGUGUGGUUCUGUAGCCAUGAAAUCCCCCGAGUACUCUGCCUCCCCUUGCUCUGGUCCAAUGCAGUUUUCCGGUGGUGUUGCUGUCGCAUAAGUAAGUGGUUGAUACAGGUCUGGGAAGCUAACUCAAUAAGAUUUGGUAUCAACGACAUCAGAAGAUCUAAAUAUGUUCAAUUUUGACAAGGCAAACAUUGUUAAUGGAAUGUUGUUCUGCUUG